UACCUGAAAGUUCAUAUUCUAAGAAAAGCCGUAGUUUAUUUAUUUUUGGUAUGAGAGAGCAAUCCAGAGAUUCUUAAUACAGUGAUAAUGGAUACGACAUUCAUUGCUCCAUUAUCAAGCUUUGAUAAAUUAAACUUAACGUUAAGAAAUAAUAAAUAUACCCAUAAUAUAUCAUUUAAGAUUGGUGAAAAUGACAGUGAUGAUACUAUGAGAGCUGAACACUUUUUACAUGUUCUUCAAUAUCAGUUUCCUCUUUUACAUGAUAUGUGGAAAAACGAACCAGAAAUAUCAUAUGGUGUACACAUACUGAUUGGAUUUAUAGCUCUGAUAGUAGGAACAGGAGGUUUAAUAGGAAAUUUAAUAGUGAUUUGUCUUUUUGUGAGGUAUAAAAGUUUACGACGAUCUGCAAACCUCUUUGUUUUGAAUUUAGCAGUGGGUGAUACACUACUUAUAGUUGCAAAUGUUCCAUUGUUAGUGAUUUCAAGUUUCCGUGCACAAUGGAUAGGUGGAGUUAUGGGUUGUCACCUUUUUGCAUUCUUUGGUGGACUUUCCGGUUUCGUAUCUAUAAAUACACUGACUGUGCUAGCCAUAGAGCGUUGUGUUGUUAUCACGUGUCAUCUUACCUAUAACAACAGACUAUCGAAUCCAGGAGUUGUUUUAUUAUGUGUCAUUGUAUGGAUAUAUUCAUUAAUAUGGUCAAUUCUACCGUAUUUUGGUUGGGGAGGACACAUGAUGGAGGGGUCAAGGACAUCGUGUACAUUUGAUUACUUCACAAAAACUAUUAACAACAGAAUGUAUGUGAUAUGUUUAAUAGUGUUUUGUUUUGUGUUACAAUUGAUUAUAAUAUCUUUAUCAUAUCUGAAAAUUGUGACAGUGGUAUUUUCCCGUCAACACGAGAUUUCGCACUCGAAAUCAAACUCUAAAGCGGUAUGCUUGCGGGUUUCAUCAAGUAAAGACAGACUAAAGGUCGAAUGGCGUGCUACAAAAGCUGCGAUGAUCCUUGUUGUGGUAUUUUGCAUUUCCUGGACACCUUACGCUAUCAUUGCUUUGAUUGGCCAGUUUAGCGAUACGUCAAUCAUUACCCCGCUGUCGUCUGCUUUACCUGGGCUAUUCGCUAAAAUGUCUUCAUUUUUUAACCCAAUUAUCUAUACGUUAUUACAUUCAAAGUAUAGAAAAAUGAUAAGAAGCAUUUUUCAAAAUUCAGGAGACGCGACAUAUAGAAACAACUCAAAUAAUACUCAAAACAUGAAAUUAAAUUUUGACAGAGACAGCAAUUCCAGCCCAAACAUGGGAAUGAUUAGCAGAAGUAGAAGUACAACUGUACUAUGACCUUUUCAUUCAACAUGAACUAAUUUUCAUACACGAUUGUUUCGUGAAUUUACAAAGGUCAGCAUUGGAUUUAUGUACUGAAUUUAAUAUUUACAUGUUUGAAAAUGCCAACAGUGCUAAAAGCAGUUGAUAUAUUCAUUUAGUAUCGCGCAUGUUCUAUACUUAUGAUGUAUUAUAAAAUCAGUUCGACUGAAAAUGUAAAAGAAAUAGCAGAGAAAAAUUCAAAUGUGAAACAAACAUAUAUACUUUUGUUUUGUUUUUCUAACUGCUAUAGUUUGUAAUGUAAUUUUAUAUCACUCUUGCCUACAUAUAAGUUCUUCAAAGACACGAGUCGUGUUAAUUGAUAGAAAAUGUAGUAACACCUGAUUCCAAAAUUAGGGGCUGUUAAAGUAUUACUACAUAUAUCGUGUUAAAUUUUCGUUGCUAAACAUUGAUUUUUCUUUUUUUUUCAUUAUAUUUCGUUGAUUCCUUUGUUUUUUCAUAGGAAGUUGUAUGAGGUUUUUUUAUUUUAUAUCAAUUAUAAUCUUUUUCCAAAUUUUCUUAUUUCCUCUAUUGGAUAUGUUCCAAUUGUUGUGACUACAAUUUUUCCCUCGGUUCUCAAAUUGUAGAAUGAAACUUUUCAACAGAUUUUGCACUUGCAUGAGCAAGACAAGAGGUACUGCUCACCCUUUUGGAGAAUCUAAUGAUUCGUAUUACUCAAACUAUAGUUUACUAUGUAAAUGGGAGGCUAAAGAUGCCAAAGUACAUUCAAACUCCUUAUCUGCAAAUAAAAGGCACUGCCUUAAAAGAAAUAAAAAACAACAAACAACAGUAAAAAUUUGACAACAUGAACCCAAAAAAAACCGGAGGUGGUGUCAAUUGUCUCUAAAUGGUAAACAUGUAACACGCGUCGUAGAAUUAUUUUUAUAAUAUUGUGUAUACCUUUUGGUCUUUUCUAUGUUUAGCAGAAGGGCGUUAUCUCCUUCAACUUGUGAGUUUGAAUGUAUCCUUGAUAUCGUCUGUAUCUUUUGUAUACAUGUAUUUCAUGUACUGAUUCAGCUAUGAACCCAAAUUGAAGAACAUGUAUUAAUAGGAUAAAAUUCUUGAAAUGUGAUCAAAUUAUUGUUAAUUUGU